AUGGCCAUCCGUAUCAGCGUCUCCCUCGCCAGCGGGAAGUCUGUGGAAGUGGAGCUGCCGCCUGAGGCGAAGGUGUCCGAGCUGAGACACCGGGCGGAGCAGGAAUUGGCUACGCCCAUCAGCUACUUGGUCACUGGCAGCGGCCAUGUGUUGCCACCGCACGGUGCCCUCCAUGGUGCUCUGGCGGAUCAGGAGGAAAUCACCGCAAUCGUCGGGCAAUGGCCCAAAGUGGCCGCAUCCAUGACGGCCUUUGCAUGUGUGAAGGCUGAUGGCUCCGUUGAGGCCUGGGGGCCUGCCAAGCACGGAGGUGACUGCAGCGGUCAAGUCUUGCGGAACGUGGUGAAGAUCCGUAGCAACCUCGGGGCAUUCGCCGCGGUGCGCUCUGAUGGGUCAGUGGCCACUUGGGGGAGUCCCCGUGAUGGCGGAGACAGCAGCAGUGUACAAGCGCGGCUGGUGGAUGUCCAGGAGAUUCAUUCAACCAGCUGCGCCUUUGCCGCUCUCUUGGGCGAUGGCUCCUUGGUGACCUGGGGAGAUCCCCACAGCGGCGGAGACUCACAGGAGGUGAACGACGAGCUGCACGACGUCCGGCAGAUCCAAGCCAACAUGGAUUCCUUCGCCGUGAUCCGUGCCGACGGCAGCGCCUUCAGCUGGGGAAGCGCUUCCGGAUCAUCCGAGGAAAUUCAAGAGCAGUUGAAAGAGGUGGAGAUGAUCCAGGUCACCACCGCUGCGUUUGCAGCCAUUUGCAAAGAUGGACAUGUGGUCACCUGGGGCAAUGCGCAGAACGGUGCCAAGAGUGAGCAUGUGCAAGGCCAGCUGAAGGCUGUCCAGCAGAUCCAAGCCACGCACGCUGCAUUCGCAGCUUUGCGUUCUGAUGGUGCUGUGAUUUCCUGGGGCUUGGGCGAACUGGGUGGAGACAGCAGCUCGGUGGAGCACCAACUGCAGAGUGUCCUGGCACUCCAAGCAACAGACGGCGCCUUCUGCGCCCUGCGCGCGGAUGGCUCUGUGGUGACAUGGGGCAGUAAGGGCUACGGGGGUGACAGCGAUGCGGUCCAGGAGCAGCUGAAAGAGGUGCAAGCAAUUCAGGCCACCCGGGUGGCCUUCUGCGCCUUGUUGCGCUCGGGAACCGUGGUGUGCUGGGGCGCCCCGCUCUUCGGUGGCACCACGCCGCAUGCACCGCUCUGCGGCCCCGUCAAGGCCCUGCAAGCGACGCGGAGCGCCUUUGCAGCUUUGGUGGAGGGCGGGGAGGUCAUGUGCUGGGGGGCUCCUGAAGAAGGAGGUGACAGCAGCGGAGUUCAGGAGCACUUGCAUAAUGUGGCUGAGAUCCAAGCCAAUGCAAGAGGAUUUGCUGCCCUGAAGAGCGAUGGCUCCGUUGUAUCAUGGGGUGGUGGGACCAGCCCAGCCUAUGAUCAAUACCUUUACGCUAUGAAUGAUUAG